UACAUUGAACAACUUUUUUGUGACAAUGUCUGCAUCUGUUGAUUAAAAUUUGAAACAUAAUAAGCUUCUAAACAAGGUCAACAGUUUUCAUCAACUCGCUGUCGACGAAAAUAAUUAAGAUUCAGUGUGUAUUAUGUCUAUACUUUCAAAGAUUGUACAUGUUAUCAGUAGUUACCAAAGAUACAAGCGUAAGUGUCCGCGAAAAUGAUCCGUACUUUGUUUUUCGCAAUCACAACGUUACAUGAACAUGGAUGACCUAAAAUGCGAAUACGUAAAGAAAAAAGAUCCCUUGGACUGUCACAAGAGGUAUAAAGUGAAGAUAUUAUAAUGUUUAGUGCAUCAAUUAUCUGCAAUCAUAGACAUAAUCCUAUUUUGGCAUAACGAUCAGUGAAUCGCUUGAUCACAAAAGUGAAAAUGUGAUGUGUCAAACCGAUUGUUUACCUCGCGGACAGGUGAGCGGUUUGUAGAAGUGGUACGCGAGGGCGGCGGGAGGCGGGCGGCAUGUCGGGUCGUUCGAGUCCCGUGAACGGCAGUUACGAGGCCGCGAACUCGGAGCCAGCGAUGAGACUCACCGUCCGCAAGGACCUAUUCCCUGAUGUGCGCCUACCCAAGUUGACACCUGUGGUCCCUGACGCGAUCAUGACACAGGAAGACAUCGAAGGCGUCUCCUUCGUUAAACUCGAAACAGACUUCGAGCAGAGUAUUGACGAAAUCGCCAGCCAAAAACUGCAGAUAGCAAAUGGAGCAAUGCCCUCUACCACAAAACCUCGACACAGAAAGCACAAACAACACUCUAGACGACAUUCUGAGCGCUCCAUUGCAAAUGGAUGUCUUUCUCCUGAAACUAAAAGGAGAAGAAGUUCACCUCGCAAUUCAAAUGUUAGGAUAUCUCCACCAAAUAUUAAAAUGCACUCUCAAGUGAAAGGUGGUAAAAACUUAAAUUUAGUUAGUAGUAGUGAGUGUCAAGAUGAUGAAGAUGAACAGUGGGAUGAAGGGGAACAAACUGAAGAAAGUGACAGUUCUGAGGAUGAAGUGCUCAAGUGUAGUGUGAAGUUACCAAUAAUAAAUGUACCACGACAAAGUGGUAAACCGUACAGUCAUGAACUUAGUCAAUUAUCAACAAAGAAGAGUAAAAAGAACUCUUCAAAAGAGCGAAGAACUCAUGGUGUAAUUCCUUGUAGUGGUAAACCUCGUUCUAUGUUGGGUAUUUCUAGUUCUCGUAGCAAAAAGAAAAAGAAGUCUGAAUGUGUACCCACAUAUCGAAGUCAAAUAGUGGAUAUGGACACUAAUAAUAUAAAGAUAAAAAUUAAAAGAACCAGCCUGAAUGAAACCAUGACUCCUACACCAACGUCAAUAUCUGACCUUGGACAAAGAAAAUCUAAGAAGAAGCAAGCUACGUCACCCGUAGUAAGCGAAAGUUCAGGCGAGGAGUACGAUCCCCGCGGCGACAAUAUGGCUACCAUGAGUGUCGCUGCACCAAAACCACGGGCUACACGACCCAAAACGUCUAAAGCCCGUAAAUCUAAUACAAGUAAAAGUAAGGAUAAAAGUGAUAAGACUGAAAGAAAUAGAGUUAGUGACGCCACAAGUAAGGAAUCUGGACCACAAAGUCCAUGGGCAAGCUCUAUUCCUGAAGAAAUUCUGGAAAAGAUAUUUGCCUAUGUUGUGUCAUCGCAGGGCACUCUCCCGACAGUUAUCAGAUUGGGAAGAGUGUGUAAAAAAUGGCACAGUGUAAGUUGUAAGCCACAACUGUGGAAGAAUGUAGAUCUUGCACAGUAUACAACUGAGAAAUGCAAAACAGACUACAAACUGGUAUGGCUUCUGGAGAACCGACUGUCACAAUGUCAAAGUUUAAAUAUUGCUCAAUGGAAAGUGUGCAAUGUAACAUGGGUGCUAGCUUGCGUGGCUGACUAUUGCCCUGAACUAAUUGAGUUGAGCGUGGCGGGAUGGAGUCGCAUCACACCUGAACAACUGUUUGAACUUGUUCAGGGACUACCCAAACUUCAACGACUUGACCUCUCGCUUACGUCUGAGACAAGUUCAAGCUCUUGCCUAUCGGCCGCCUCUAUGGCUAGAAUAGCGGAGAAUUUUGGAUCACGUCUUACGCACCUAAAUCUCGCGAAUAACAAGUUCACAGCAUUGACGCAGAUACUCUCAUCUGUUGCGACGCAUUGUCUGAAUCUCGAAGUGUUGGACAUAUCUGGUGCCCUCGCCACAUCACACCCUGCCUCUGUGCCGCUUGAAGCACUACAGAAAGGUUGUCCAAAAUUACGAGUGUUUAGAGCAGCAAACUCGCAGCUCGUACUGGCUUCAGCUACUACAUCACAACAGAUGGAGGCGGGCGGGUGGUCGCAACUGGAGGAGCUGUCGAUCGCGGGGUCGGCGGCGACGGAGCGGGUGGGCGUAGGUGAAUACCGCCUCGGGGACGAGGCACUGUCGCGGCUGGUGCGCGGCGCCACUCGUCUGCGGCUACUCGACCUGCGCGGCCUGCAGCGUCUCUCCGACUCCGGCCUGGUCCGCGUGCCUGCCUGGGACCUGCAGCAUCUUUUCCUUGGAGGUUGCAACGUGACGCGUCAAAGCAAUGCGUGCUUAGAGCUGAUCUGUGAAAAGUGGUCGCAUAGUUUAAUAGAGCUCGACCUAUCUUGGGCGUCUGCUACACAAGUGCUCGACGCUGCAGUUUCCGCACUUGCGGAUUCAUCUGAUAGUAAACUAAGAACAUUGAAUCUUUGUGGGUCAUCAGUAUCUUGGGAAGCAGUAAAGAAAGUCCUUCUUAAGUGCCCCCUUGUAGAAUCAAUCAAUCUUAGUUCGUGUCGAGCUCUACCAAGGGGAAUGAAGCGAUUAUUUACUGGCAAAGAAUUACAGGACCUUAAGGACAGCUUAGAUCCUGAAAAGGCGAAAACCAAAGAUAAUAAUUCUGAGAAAGGAAUGAAGAAGAAAGACGUAAAGAAAACAGAAGCUGAAUCAGAAUCAGACAGUGAACUGAAGGGAUCUCCGAAGCAUGGCAUUUCUCAUAGUUCUGAUGAUAAAGAAGAGACAAAAUCUCAAGAUCAGUCUUCUUCACCUGUGUUUCAGGAACCCAAGAGUUUGUCAGAUUCAUAUUCUAAACAACCAACCCAGGAAAGUACAAAAUCUCCAGAUAGUAAAACCAGUGAAAUAUUAGCAAGCAAAGAAGUAACAGACACUGUAACAUCAGCUGUGUCUAAACACUCUCCUGGUGAUUCUACUCCAAAAUUACUUAGUCCUAUGGCACAAUCCAGACCUGACUCAUCUUCUACUCCUCGAUCAGAACCGAUUAAAGCAGAUCUGGGCAGUCCUUAUUUUAGUCCUGUCUCAAAGCCAGACAGCCAAGUUCAGAAUAGUCCCGAAGUGCAAACUGAAUCAAUAAAAAGCAAUAGUUCUUGGAAUUUAGGACAAUUCAAAACUACGCCUACAAAUAAAUCAGAGGCAAGCCCCUUAAAUAGAUUAGAGAACCAUAGUAAAAUAAGGCAAGGCAAAAUGAUAGAACAGUGUAGUCCAACUACUUCACUCGAAAAUAAACCUAGUCCAGAAACUAUUGCUCUCAAACAAGACAUAAAAAAUCCUAAUAAUUGGAAUUAUGGCAGUCCAAUGCCCAGACAGGAAAAUCAGUUUUCCUCUCAGAGAAGCCCUUACUCUGCUCAACCAAGUCCCGCUCAACCUAGUCCAUACUCAACUCAGCCCAGCCCGUACUCUACUCAGCCUAGUCCAUAUUCAUCACAACCUAGUCCAUACUCUGCACAACCAAGUCCUGAUACAAGUCAAAUAGUCAAAACAGACCUCCAAAAAACCGGUGCAUGGAACACUGGUAAUUAUAGUCCUAUGCCAAAACAUCAUGCCCCAUUUUCCCCUCACCCUUCCACCCAUACAAGUCCUGAUCCAGGCCUUAAUGUAAAAAGUGAUAUUAGAAACACUCCGAAUAAAACACCCGGUCAAUAUAGCCCUAUGUCGAGACAAGAUCGACAUCAUCAUAGUCCUUAUUCACCAAGGCCUAGUGUUGAUAAUGUGGCUUAUUCUAAUAAAAAGAGCCCAGGCGUUGGUGGUUACAGCCCUAUGAAACGUCCAGAUUGCCAUUUGCCAAGCCCAGAUACUGUUCCAGCGUCUAGAACCACUGUAAGUGGAAGGACACAAGAUAUGUACAAUCGAUCAGUUGCUAAAGUGCCAGAAAUAGUGCAUAAUAAUGUGGCGAAUCCUGAUGUUACUAACUCAUGGAGUAUGGACAGAUAUAAUUUGUCCGCUCCUACAUCUAAUAUAGAGUCAAUGGUAUGGGGGACUCCGUCGUAUAACGUCGAACAUCAAAUCCCACCGCGCGUUGACAACAUUCCCACCAUGCUCAACACUCCCCCAGCGCAGUCUUGGAACAAUAUGCCUGUUUUUGAUAGUGGAGUGAGAAAACCCAACGAAGACAUUAGUGACGCGUGGACUUUAGGUCAAUUUCGUGUAGAACCGCCUCACCAAGUGCACAAUACAUAUGUGGAUCAGAACGUUAAUUUCGACUCGUUAAGCACACACCAUAUAGGACACCAAGCUCAUGUGUUACAGAGCUAUUUGGACGAUAAUUAUACAGAGACGUCACGCGUGGACUGACGUCCCCGCGCAUAUUCGCCGUCACACCUCUCAGCUGACUUCCGAUAUUACGGCGAAAGACCGAUCUUGACGUUACGGAUGCAAUUUGUCCCCUGUAGAAGGUUAGGGUGAACUUGUAAUUAUUGCAAAUUGAACAAUUAAGCUGUAGAGAUUGUAAAUAAGAUUGUCUAGGUAGAUUUAAGAGUAAUGAAGCUAGAAAUGCAUUAAAUUUAUUUUGCAAUGUAGUCUACAGACGAUAAGAGCAAAUUAUAUUAGACACUAGUGAAUUCAUCGAUGAAGUUAGAUAUUGUUGAAUUAUACUCAUGAGUUAGAUUUUAGAGUGAGUCUUUAUUUGAAUGCCAAAAUCUGUUUACAUAAACUGAGGCCAAAAUGAAUAUUUAUUUCAUUUUUAUUUGUUAAUAUUGACUUGUAAUUUAUUUUUUUGUAAUACAUCUUUACACUUUUGUGUUUAUAACAAUAUCAUUUCUUUCUUCUUCUUUAUAUAAUAUCUUGCUUCUUUGUUAUAAUGUGCAGUAAAUGAACAUUCCUUUUUAUACAUUUUACAAAUCGGGAUAACAGUGGUUUUCAGAUUAUGAAGUGCUAAUGUGUGGGAUGUUUGCGUAUUGUUUGUUAGAUGCACUAUAGAUUGUUAACUAUGUUGUUAGCAAGUUGUUGUUGAGUGUUAUUUUGUUGCUAAGUGUUUCGCCUCCAAACGAGGCAGUUUUGUUAAUUAUUUGUAUGCAAACCACGAAAUGUAAUGUUUAAUCAUAAAGCAAAUCAUAAAAAUCAUAAUUAUAUCUAUAAGGGAGCAAUUAGUAAUUCUUAGAUUUAAUUCACAUUAAAGAAAUUAUCAAAACUCGUCAUAUAUUCAUAUAGUAGAUUUUAUACAUAAAAAUGGUGUUAAUAAAAGGAUCAAUGCCUACAUUGCCUAUAAUUCUCAAAAACAGUUGUUAAAUAUUAGAUGUCUCGAUAAUAAUAAUAUAGAGCUCUUCUGCAGGAUACAUUUUUCAUUUUACAAAUUUCUAUUUCUUUUGUGUUUUAAUGUCAACUAACUUAUUCUGAGAAUCAGCUGUAAGCUUGCCCCCUGCCAAGUUGGAUUUGAAUAUUAUAAGGCUAAAUAUAGGUAGCUUCUUUCAUAACUACAUUUGAGCAAAUGUCAAUUGCUAUGAUAUAUAUUUUUUGUAGACUAGUAUAUCGUUUUCUGUAAUUAUUAUAUAUAAAUAGUAGUCAAUAUGUUAUUUUUUGUCUUGCUUGAUUUCGAUAAGAUAAUAAUACUUAAUUAAAUGUAAUGUUAUUAUACAUCUCGAUAUGUUAAUCGCGACGUAUUAUUACAAAAUAACAUUCAACAAUAAGCUAAUGUAGUUCUUCUUUGAAGUAAAAAAUGAAUUAUAUGACAGCAAUGAAAUAAUGUUGGUAAUAUUUUAGUAUAGCACCUAUAUUUAGAUGUACCAGCAUUUUUUGCGGCAGCUUUUACUUUACCUGAUUUUAUUAUUAUUUAAUGUUUUCAUAUAAUUUUGAAAUGAAUCUUUACACGAUGGCAAUAAUUAAUUGUUUAUGACACGGAUUACGGGCGAUGCUGUAUCCGAUGGGUUUAUGGGAAAUAUUCUUCCUUGAGAUUGCUCAUAGGAAAUAUUUUUGAAUUUAGAUUAACUUAUCCCAAAAGAAAAUGAGUCACUCAUUGAUCAAUUUCACUAUAAUGAUUACUUGAUUAAGUGUCAACUGAAAAAAAGUUACAUCACACUAUUUCAACAUUUACAUCACAAAGAAAUUCUUUUUAAGUUAACUAUUCUGUGAUCAACUUGUCAGAACGCCGACCAAUUUCUGAUGAAAUAUAUUUAUUUGUAGUUUAAUAAAUACUACUACUAUAAUAAUGAGUUGCAUAGAGUCAAGCGACGAUUCAACCCCGUUCUAAUUUACUAUUGUCAAAUCAGUUUAGCGAUAAAUCGUUUUCUUUAAUUUGGAUAAAAUAACUUCCAUCUUCAGUUUUCUUUUCAUAAAAAGCCGUCCAUAUUAAAAACCGCGAUAUUAUAAUGUAUUAUAUUUUUUUAUCCGAUAACUGAAGAAAACAGCACGACAAUAAGCAGAUCACCCACCUAAAAAUGAUGUUUUGUUGUAAUUUUAUUUAUACGAUAUUGAAGAGAAUUUACGAAACUAUAUGAACGUGAAUUUAUGUUAAAAUGAAGUGAUAGUAUAAUAAUCUCCGAGCUUUCUCAAUUUCUUUUCAUUAUAUAUGCAAACUGUUAAAUAGUAUUAAAAUUAUAAUUUGUAAUGUUUAAACCUUAAUGACAUGUCUCCAUCAAACAUACAUCAUGUAUUUUGGUAAAAAACAAAAUGUCACAGUAGAACUUUCAAACUUAUUAAUAAAUUAUAUUUAAAUUUACAUGUUGAUAAAAAAAAAAAGUAGAACGGGGUGCGAUUCGUUACUUUAUCAUAACUUUUUUUUUUCUAUACAUUAUGUCUAUGUAUACCAGAUUGCCAUUUUAGUUUUCAUAUGGAUUCAAACUUUCUACUUGUACAUAUGAAAUUAAUUUCAUCUGAAAAUCAUGAGUUCAAGUUUUCAAAUUAUAAUGCAAAUUCUGCUACAUAACUACAACUAAAGAACUCAAAUCAAUACUAUUUUCAACUGAUUGAAACGAUUACAUCAAAUUAGUUGCAGAAAAUAAUAUUAAACAUGUAUAUUAAAAUUAUACAUUUAAAUCGAACUCUUAAAGUGAAUAUUAAAUAUCCCAUGCAACAAAACUAGUUUUAAAAUUUGCAUACAUUUUUAAAUGUGAUAAAUAUUAUUUGAACUCAUGAUAACUAUUCACGAAUUUCAUUUUAUAAAAGCGAAGUACAAAAUGCUUUGUAUAAAUUGUUAUGUUACAUAUAUACUUCACGUUGUAUUUGAUGAGCCCAGAGAAAACCACCAAAUAUUGUUUCCAAUAACUACAUUAGCCUUAUAAAAAUGCCUAAUGUUUAACUGAAGAGAAUAUUUUAUAGUUUUAUUAACUUAUUACAAAAUGAAAAAUAUUAUCUACUAUACAUAGAAUGUAUAAAAUACCUAUAAUAUUAGGCGAAUAUUAUGUUAAAAUAAUCGUGUACUAUAGUAUGUAUAAAAUAAAGUUGACUAAUAUCUGUAAGUUCUGUUAUGUAGAGAUUUUUGUUUGUAAUAUUGUUACACUACUGCAUGGACUUCUCACAUGUGGUCCAAUUUUUAUAAUCUAACCAAUAAAAUAUCGAUGUGGUUGUACAUUUACAUUUUGAAUAGAAUUGUACUCUAUUUAUUAAACUUCUUUUGUUGAAACGCACAUAACCCUAAUAUUUGCUGUUAAUUUUUAUUUCUAUUUUCCACCAAACCGCCUAAUAAAAAAAAAAAAAAAAACAACAUUUAGACCAGUAAAAAUAUUAUAUUUCUACAACAAGCUUAAACAUUUACAACAAUAAUAUUCCAUUGAGAUAACAGAUAUAUAUGUAUUAAGACUAAUAUGUUAAACAUGUAUAAUUGCACAAUAUAUUUAUCAAAGCAGACACAAACAUACAAUGAGGAUAUUGCAUAAAAAUUUUGUAAAAUAAUAAUAAUAAUUAUAAUUGUAUAAAAUUUUCUGUAAAAUUCUAGAUCACCGGCAUUGUGGCCCUAAAGGUCGAGGGCUUUGUUAGAAAGAAUUAUGCUUUUACGAUCUUAGGUCAAAAUGUGUAAUCAAAAAUCAACCAAACUAAAAAUGUAUUUAGCAAACUUAAAUAAUGUCAUUAUGUACAAAAUAAUGAUUAAGUGUACAAUUCAAUAGAUUGCGCUGUUUUGACUCUUAAUAAAACAGUAUUUUCAUAAAUUCGACAAACAUACGCAUAAACAUAAGGUGGAUGCCACUAAUUUCUUAGGUUAAUAUCAAAGAAGAAUAAUCCUUGGCAUGUUUGGAUCUAGUUAUACAGAAAAUGGCCUUUUCAUAUGGGAUAUUCAGAAAAGAUUAUUUGUUCUAGAUAACUAUCUUCAUUUAGUAAACAAUCUUUGUAUGUCUUAUCUCAAUUGAUCAUAUAUAUAUA